AUGAAGGGCGGUGGUAAGGAUAGCGGGUACGAAGAUAUUAGGGUAAAUGAUUGGUUUGCAGAGGGAUGCGCAUUUUAUUUUGUAUUGGACACACUGCAGUUUUCGUUUGAACGGGCUCCAUGCGGAUUAUUUUUCACUCAAUAUUUCCUCUUUUAUUUCUCUACAUUAGUAUUCGCUUCUACGAGCGCGCUUGAUCUUCUCACUGCCUUGGGUAUAUAUUGCUAUUACAAGAACAAUACCAUGGCUGCGAGACGAUUCAAUCACAACGAUGUCAUGUUCUUCGCACAGCUGCUUCCAGUGUUGCACGUCCAACGCUCUGCUAAUCGGAUGUUUUCUUCUCAGUAUCUCUCUGGGAGCGGUCUACCAAGAUCGUCUUGGCGCUUUCCUCACUUCUACAUUUAUCAUGCAAGUCACCCAUUUUUUGGAUGGAUUCCUGAAGCAAUGUGGCAGUUUGAAUAUGGAAUGUACCUGAUAUUGCUGUCGAAAAAGUGUGGAGUUUACUACUACACACUUAUGCUGUUUUAA